AUGGUCUUGAAAUACCUGAAGGAGUACCUGAGCUGGCUGUACUACCAGUACCUGCUCAUCACAGGAAUAUAUGUGCUUGAGCCCUGGGAGCAGUCCAUCUUCAACUCUGUCCUCUUCUCUUCCAUGGCCAUGGUCAUCUACACCUCCUAUGUCUUUGUGCCUGUCCAUGUGUGUCUGGCACUCGAGUUCUUAUCCGGGAUCUGCGGGGAACAGCCAGAGAGCACCAUGGCACUAAUAAACUAAGCAGUGGAUGGAUGGCGUGAGGGAGGGAAAUUGGGAAUGAGAAGGGAGGACCCCCUAUCUAAGAUCUUGACUCGAUGGCCAUCUGACACCUGAGGUCUCUCUCACCGCCCUUACCCACACACAGUCACCCACGACUCCCCCGAUCCACAAUACUCUACUACCUACUCAGCAAAAGAAGGCUGAGUUUAGGAUGUUUAUGUGAAAUAUUCUGUACACUACUUUCACACCUUUGCUGUGAAACACCUUGUUUUUUCCAGAAAUAUGAAAUGUUGUUUGUUCUUUAAAAAUGGUCUCACUCUAUAAUAGGCCAGGUCUCCUGUGUGAGUGCAUAUCACGUCUCUGUGUUUUGCAUUUGCCCUGCAGGUAAUGCCACUUAUUACUGGCUGUUGACGGCUGUCUGAUAUAGAGGGAGACAUUAUUGUCCCAAUACAUUUGCAUGCACUUUAACCCACUGUACAAUGCUAAUGACCAUUGACCAAUGGCUGGCAUCUUGCACUCCAAUUACUGAGUCAUAAAGCAAAUCCUUCCCUAGACUAGAGUCUCCUGCUAUACUAUCUAAUCAGGGAUAUUGACACCAGGCAAAGAUUACAAGGUUGUGAAAUGUUCCUCCCAACCCUACAUCUAUCUGAUGAUUUCUCAAUGCAUACAUUGAUCGAACUGAUCAAUCAUAUCCUUGUGUGCACAGCCCUGUCCCCAUCUGCAGUGUUUUCACUGUUGCUAUGCCAAGAAGGUCGAGCAAGAGGAAAUAUUAGCUCUCUGGUUCAGGCUUUGCUUUGUCAUUGACUUUGCUUGAUGAACUGCCAUUCUUCAGAAUGCAUAGAGCUAAAUGGAAUUAUAUGAAUCAAAAACAGUCAAAGUGGCCUGAAUGAAAAGCAAUGUCUUUGAGUGGUCAACCCACCUUCUUCUCUCUUCUGUCCAUUCAGUUAACUGUAACUUCUGAGAGAAGAAAACUUAUAUAGUGCUUAUCACUGCACGCACUAGCAGAUCUGUUAAGAGGUAUUUGUUCUGGUGAUCACAUAUGCUUAAGGGCUUCCUGAUUUAGUCUGUAUAUGAUUUGUAACUAUAUUUAUAUUGAUAUUUAUAUGCACUGGUAAAGCUUGGCUGGUUACAAUGUCAAUAACCAAAACUGUUUGUUUUCUGUUGUGGCAAUAUACAUUACUGAAAAAUAUUGUUUUCCCUAAAAUAAAAGUGCUGUUAUAUAAUUUCAGUAAGCCUAAUCGUUAGUGAUCGAGGCUUGAUCACAGAGUUGUAUUAGGACAAUGGAUCACUGUGUGGCCUCAGACAUUUACUGAUAUCUAUGUUAUAUGUAUCUCUCAUCACUGGAUU